GCCAUCCCUUCAUCUUCUCUUAAUAGACAAACUUUCUCAACCAUAUCCAGCUACACUCUUUAAAAGCAUCCACUCUCUCCUCCCUUCCCAUGACUCAUGUUAAAUAAUUUUUUUAUUUAUAAAUACAUAACUGAGACUGUCUGAGGUAUUGUUUCUUUUCUCAGUACACUGGCCAGUUCUCUAGUCAUCCAGUACGUCGGGUGAUAGUGUAGUCCAUCUGUUCUCUGACCAACAUCCACCAAAUACUUCCACCGAGUGUCUGCUGUGUAACUGAAUGUUGAACAUCGGACUAAAAGCUUGAUUUGUUUUCAGUAUCAAAGAGAGACGAAAUGGCUAAGAAAGGCCAGAGAAUACCAAAGGAAAAAUUAAACAAGAAGCUUCAGGACCAUACCAAAAAUGAAUUGGAGAAAUACAACAAGUUGUAUAAUCCACAGGCUCAUAAAGAGACAACUACAAAGGAGCCAGAAGGUUUAACUUUGGCACAAAUAAUUCAAAAGAAAAGAAUGAAGAAGAAAAAGCAAUAUAAACCAGGCCUUGACCCAAAGAAAGAUAUCUGGAACAACAUUGAUGCAUUAGAGAAAAAAGUUGACUAUAACCUCAGUGUGCUAGCUUGCACAAACCAAAUUGAAAACCCUUAUGUGGAUGAAGAAAUAUGGAACCAAUUCACAAGUCUUGACUUUGUACAAAGUAUGGAUAUGUUCUUAAACAAUACCAUGUAUGAUGUACAAGGUUUGUUAAAGAAACUUUCAGUGAAUUAAGCUGUUUUGUCUGAAGUUUAAAUAAAUGUGUCAAAGUAUA